AUGAAAUAAAGUAAACAAUAAAAUAAGAUAUAUAAAAUAUACAUAUAUAAUAUUUGGGUUACACUUAUAAGGUACAGCCCGCGCUCAAACAGCGUUGUCCAGCAAAAGAUAUCCAUAACAUAACACACUUCAUUGAAAACUUAAAGUGAACAUGCGUAUUCUUCGGUAGCCCUGCUGGAAUGAAAUCUAUAAUGUGAGCCUAACUCUUAUCUGACUGCUCUCGUAAAACUACGUGAUCUGUUUAAUGUCACUGUUUAAUGUUGUAGGCCAGUGUUAAAGAGGCUUCAAAAACCAAAAAGAAUUCCUCUGAAAAUGAUCAGGUCCAAGGACAGGCAACUAUUCUAGUUCAGACUAGUUACAUUUUAGUGUGAGACUAAAAUUACAGUAGUAAUGAAAUUACAACUCUUAUAAAAGGUUAUAAAAAUGAGACAAGACACAGAAAUAGUCUCUAAACCAUUUUAAAUUUAUUUUGUUUCCUUACAGCUUUCCACUCCUGUCCCUUUUCUUUGGGACAAAAUAUAACCAAGUUAAAAAAAAAAAACGAAAAACAUAAAAAUAAUAAAGGAGAAGAAGGGAAUGACAUCUUCACACAAAUAUUCUGAAUGAAAAAGGGGAAGAGGACUAAGUGUUGAGAGCUGGGGAUAAAGAACUGGACCAUCUGAAUGGACUUGGACUCUAAACCGCUCACAUUGGCCUUGGCCUUGGCGUUGAUUAUGUUGAUAAAUACUGGCUUCAGGGAGCCUUUCCCCACAAUGAAACCAUCAAUGUCCUUCUGGCCGGCAAGUUUAAAAUCACUUUUGUGUACAAGUGAUCUGUGCCUGUCGUUUGAUUGGCCAUAGUGACACAAGUCCCACCCCCUGCAUGACUACUUCAUGAUUGGUGGAAGUCAGUGGCGCUUUAUACCACCAUAACAACAGUGUCUGUGCCUGUUGUUGUAGUGAUUACAAUGGUUAGGUUGAGAACAGGAAUCUUAGCUCUUAGAAAGUUAUCUAGAAGGCUUCUCAUAAAGAGAAGCUCUCUAUAUCUAUGUAAAGCAAAGUUGUUUCUUUUCUUGCUUCACAUGUUCCUGUGUCCUGUAUGUCCUCCCUCUUUACAUCCAUGAACCUUCUUUGUGGUCUUUUUCUUUUCUGGCUGCUUGGCAGCUCCAUUUUCAGCUGCCAGGCAGCCUUAAAAUCUUAAUUAAACUUAAAUCAAGAAAAUCAAAUCAAGAAACAGGAGUACUGUUACACAAUAAUAUGAUUUUGUCACUGUGUCACAAUAGUGUCGGCAUCCUAACCUUUAACCGCCCCCUUCUUCUUCUUCUUCUUCUUCUCCCUCUUGGUUUAUGUGCACUACCACCACUUACUGGACUGGAGUGCCAUAUGGCCAUAUGUUUGGAACACCGUGUCUCCAAGAAGACCUUCCAAAGACUCCCCCAAGAAAAACUUUGCCGGGUGUGUCUCACCAUGCCACUCUACAUCGACCCAAGAUUUUGUCCCACAGUGUCGCAGGCUAAACGACCAGCUGCUGUAUUUCACAGGGAGAGAAAAGAGAGAGAGCUAACUUCACUCAGAGAUGGAGAAAGAUUUAGGAAGACAGAUGGAUAAGAGAGGAAGAAGGGUAUCCCUUUGCUGUGGUGUACCGGUCGUUCUUGUUCUACCAGACUCCCACAGUUAUCCAUUUAUUCCACACGUUCUCUGGAUUGGCUCUAGCAGCAUUCAACUUUGGCUCUCAGCUCUAUCACUCCGUAGUAUGCGUCCUUGUCCAAUUUCUGAUGCUGAGGCUCAUGGGAAGGACGGUAACAGCCAUCCUGAGCAGCUUUACCUUUCAAAUGUUAUACCUACUAGCGGGGUAUUAUUACACAGCCACAGAGGAGUAUGACAUCAAGUGGACUAUGCCACACUGUGUCCUCACACUUAAACUUAUCGGUUUGGCGUUUGAUUACUAUGAUGGCGGGAAGGAACCAUCCAAGCUGAGCGCAGAGCAGAAGGCGUCGGCUCUGCGGUCUGUGCCCUCGCUGCUCGAGGUGUGCGGCUUCUCCUACUUCUAUGGCGGUUUCCUUGUGGGUCCCCAGUUUACACUGCGCACCUACCAAAGACUUGUGGCAAGGGAGCUCACCGACUGCCCUGGAAAAGUUCCCAACAGUGUUGUACCAGCUAUGAAGAGGUUUGCUCUUGGUUUCCUCUGCCUGGUGAUAUAUGCGAUAUUUAGUCCUCAUUAUCCAGACAGCUACUAUUUAACUGAUGAGUAUGAGGCGCAGCCAUUCUGGUAUCGCUGUGUGUUCAUUCUCCUGUGGGGCAAAAUCAUUUUGUAUAAAUAUGUCAGCUGUUGGGUUAUAGCGGAAGGUGUAUGCAUAUUAACUGGACUGGGAUACAAUGGAGUAGUGGAUGGUAAGCACCAGUGGAACGCGUGCGCCAAUAUGAAGGUGUGGCUCUUUGAGACGACACCACUCUUUGGAGGAACCAUUGCUUCUUUCAACAUCAACACAAACGCCUGGGCUGCCAGACAUGUGUUCAAGCGGUUGAAGUUCCUGGGCAAUAAGACUUUAUCUCAUGUGGCCACGCUCUUCUUUUUAUCGAUUUGGCACGGCCUUCACUCCGGGUACAUCCUGUGCUUCUCCAUGGAGUUCUUCAUCAUCACCGUGGAGCGACAGGCCCAGGCACUAGUAAAGGACAGUCCUGUGCUGACAAAGCUGGCCAACAGUGCACUCUACCCACUCAUCUAUGUAGUCCAGCAGUUUAUCCACUGGCUCUUCAUGGGGUAUCCUCUAGUGGCAUUCUCCAUCUUCAGUUAUGACAAAUGGCUCAAGGUGUAUUCUUCUGUUUAUUUCUGUGGUCACCUAUUCUUCCUAGUAGCAUAUUUAAUAUUGCCAUACCUCCGUAAGGCGCUGGUGCCUAAAAAGGAGGGGAGAGAGAAGAAGCAGGAAUAAUACUUGAUACUAGAACUUGGCGUGGUCCAUCCAUCGUUGAGGCUCAAUACUCACUUAAGGGAACUGCGACUUCCAAGGAGCAGAACGGAAAAUAUUUUAAGGCCUUUUAGUAAUAUAUGUCCAUGUUUAAAACGAAAAAAAUAAAUAAAUUUCUAUAUAUUUUUGUGUUUCAGGCGGGAAGGGUGUUUUUUUUAUAAACAUUUGGAGAGAUGUUUACAGGAAAUUACCAUUGUGCCACAGGGGUGUAAUUGUGAGCCAAUCAGGAGCAAUUUCCUGUUUUUUGUCUUUUCUUUUUUAAAAUUUCACCACAUGUGGGACUCGUUUGCUGUCGACACAGAACUGCACACGCUCACAAGUCACGGGUUCAGAGUCUGUUUUUGGCUCUUUUUUUAUUUUUUAAAUGCGUUGUUCUUUAUUUCACGUCCACAUUGAGCAGGAAGUGUGAGCACACAUGUGGCACUUUCUGAUGUUGUGCUACGACAUGUAUAAGAAGAUGGAUGGUAAUGGUAAUCAUCAUCAGGGCUUCUUCUUCCUAAAUGGCUGCCAGUGGUUAUACAAGCACUCUAAAUCACACACUGUACACUAACACCCAACUCUAAAUGGCCUUGUAUUAAUGAAUGUUUUUACAGUACAUUUGUUCUGGAUUUAAUUUGAUUUGUUAUUGGGGGUGGGGGAAAAAAAUAGAAUUUUAUAAAGUUAACAUGUUUUAUGAAAAUGAACUUUUUUGUAGCUUUGGAUAAGAUUUAAUGAAACGAUUUGCAUUGUUCUCCCGCUUUUCCUCAGUGGUGGUUUUCUUCUCGCCACAUCUCCUCUUCUCCCUCUGUUCUGUUUAUGCCAAUCUGUCUUUCUGUCUGCCUCGAUUCAAGCCCCUCGACUCUGAAAAUGCACAGUUGUGAAAGUGAACAGCCCUACAGUCACUACAGUUAAUUGUUUUGCUUCUUUUGGUGUUCUGAUUUUAUAUGAAAAGGGGGGCGAAA